GUCACGGUUACGUACAUGGAGAAGUACCAGUACAAGUACCACACGUGGUGCGGUUGGCAUCGGAGGACCAGAUGCACCAAGUCCAAGACUGGCUUCAGGACCGCCGAGAAGCCACAGAAGAUGCACGAGACUGUGGUCGUUCCGGUUUGUUGCCGAGGAUACGAAGAGGUUGGAGGCAGGUGCUCGCCGCGUUGCGGAGGCGGAUGCGUGAGCGGAGUCUGCGAGGAGCCGGGUGCGUGCCGGUGUCAUCCGGGUUAUGGAGGUCUCACCUGCGAGUCCGCAAGUAAGCGAGAAUCCGUGUUAAAAAUUCGUGAUUUGUCCCGUGAAAGCUUGCGAAGUCGGGACGUGGGGAGCCGGAUGCACGACCGGCUGCGACUGCGAGAACGGGGCGACCUGCGACCCCGCGACCGGGACCUGCUCGUGCUCCGGCGGGUGGACGGGGACGCGGUGCGAGGCGCCGUGCCCAGAGGGGCGCUGGGGACUCGGGUGCGGAAAUCGUUGCGGCUGUCAGAAUGGCGGGACCUGCGAUCCGAAGGAUGGCUCCUGCUCCUGCGAACCGGGGUCGAGAGGGAAACAGUGCGAGAUGCGGUGCGAAGCCGGUCGAUACGGCGAGGAUUGCCGCGGCGUCUGCACCUGCGAGAACGGAGGGACCUGCUCGCACGUCGACGGCACCUGCGCGUGCAGAGACGGAUGGACCGGCGAGACCUGCGGCGAGCGUCUUUGCCCUCCGCGCCGGCACGGACCCGACUGCUCCGACUGCGAAUGCGAAUCCGGCAACACGGCGACGUGUCAUCCCUGGACCGGCGAGUGCGCGUGUCGGCCCGGGUUAUAUGGGUUCGCUGUGCGAAGAGGAGUGCCCAAGAGGAACGUUCGGUCGGAAUUGUUCUCACGCGUGCGAAUGCAAAAACGACGCCAUCUGCCGGCACGAAGAUGGACGGCUGGGAAGGAGAAGAUUGCAACGCGGCGUGCCCCGACGGCAGCUUCGGUCUCGGCUGCCGAGAGGCAUGCACGUGCCGCAACGAGGCCGCAUGCGACCACGUCACAGAUAGCCAGGAGUUAAGAAAUGCCUGGAUAGAAGCCAUCUGUCUUACAUUGCGAAGAAGUUGCGAUGACCGAUAUACUGGCCGAGUGACCGGCCAGAAAUCCCAGGCUCUUUCGAGCCAGAGAUUCACAGGCGCAUCUCUUCCAGGCGCGAACUGCGAGCAUCCCUGCGAGCUCGGUCGCCUCGGCGACGCGUGCAGCGAGCAGUGCGAAUGCGGGAGGAAUUUGUCUUGCCGGUCGGAGACGGGGGAGUGCGCGUGCGAGGCCGGAUGGACGGGGCCGGACUGCGGCCGGAUCUGCCCCGCCGGAUUCUACGGACGGGAUUGCGAGGAACGUUGCCCGGGAUGCCUCCAUGGAACGUGCCACCACGUGACCGGCGAAUGCACGUGCCAGCCCGGUUGGAUGGGGAUCGCGUGCGAGGACCCCUGCCCGGAGGGAGGCUUCGGCCGCGACUGCAGCGAGAAAUGCUCUUGCCUGAACGGAGGCAGAUGCGACGCGGGGGACGGUGGAUGCAAGUGCCUCCCCGGAUGGGUCGGGACCCGCUGCGAAUCGGGAAAGGACUGCGAGACGCAACCCCCUCCCCUCUCCUCCUCCUCCUCUCCCUCCAGCAUCCCCCUCAUCACCGCCACCGCCUCCGCCCUCCUCCUCUCCCUCCUCGGCCUCGCCCUCCUCCUCUGCGUCGGCCGGAGACUCCACCGGAUCCCGAGCCGGACCCAGCCACCCCGCCUCCCGAUCGCGCCGUUUCCCGACGCGUGCCCCGAAUCGGAGCAAAUCGAAAUCGUGUCGAAGACGGAGCAGGCAGGAACGACCCUCCCCCCCUCGACCGAAGUGAUCUCGAACGACCCCACCGACCCGGACUGGAACGUACGAGUGUACGCGAACGUCGCAGCGACCUCGCCCCCCUCGGACGGCGCGCCCCCCCCGCCGUUCCCCGUUUCCGACGACGCGUCCGACCCGUCCCGUUCGAACGCGGCGCCGGACGGCGGGAAGCACCCGCACCGGCGACGCGCGCUCCCGACGCUGAGCCCCGAGAAGUCCGCGCCGAUUUUGCUCCUCCUCCUGGUACGCACGCCCACGCGCAUCCGCGUGCAGCGCGUCUCACGCCCGCCGUAA